AUGCCGAUACCAACUCAUGCCAGUCAAGUAUUUGCUUUUCUUCGUCGGAAAUAUCGAGUUUCACGAAAUACUCGAGCUCUUUGGCAGUUUCAACAAAUAGCUGCUUCUUCAUCAAAUCCAGUGCGCAUUCCAACAUCACAAGAAAUUACACAAUCAUCGGAUGAAAUUGUCCUUGUCUCGGCCUUAGACGAUAAUGGUACACCAAUACUACCAUCAUCAAACAUUAUCUGCACUAGUUCAACACGUUUUUCUUAUUUUACAACACGUUAUAAAUUUGCGUUCAUUCUUGAUAUGACUGAUUCAUGUGCGUCAGUAUCUAUUGAUGGUGGUCAUAUCUAUUUAGAAUCAUUAACAAAUUGUCUAUGUAUACUUUUAUGUUCUCUUGCUCAAACGUUUACAUUACCGGGUUGUGAUUUAAAAUUUCAACCCGAAAUAGAUAUAUCUGUUUAUGUCUAUUUUCCAUUACAUCGUACACCAAGUCAUCAAGUAUUGAUUCAUGGGUAUCGAUUAACUUGGUCAACAUUAAAAACUAUUUGUCAUGAUAUAAUAAACAAUUUAAGAGAAGCUACCGAACUUCUACAUAAUGUCAUAAGUAUUGGUCAAACAUUUUAUCCACAUUCAACAUCGUCGACAAUGGAUUCAGAUGAUAAUAUUAAUUCACAUCUAAAUACAAUUUAUUCAAAUAGUGAAUCAUCAUGUGCUAUUAUAAAUAUGCUUAGUUAUGGUAUAACAGCAUUACAAUUAAUGCCUGAAGAAUCAACAUCAGCAUUAGUUAUCAUAACCGAUGGUAUACUUGAUGUACCAAAUUUAUCAGCAUUUGAAGUCGUUAUGAGACAAAUACGAGCACGUAUAAUAAGUUGUUCAUUUGUUCAAAUUGGUUCAAAUAAUAAUCGACAACAAUCAAUAAAUAAUAAAGUUUUAAAUGCACCCAUAGCUAGUCUAGGACAUGUACCAAAUGAAGAAUUAUUAAAAUUUAUUAGUUUAUCAACAUUUGGUUCAUUUAUCUAUUUCGAUGUUGAUAAUAUUAGUGGUGAUGAAUCAACAUUAUUAACACGUUUAUUUUCUCAUGAAUAUGAAUUAUUAAAUGUUUGUAAAAGAGUAAAUGAAUUUCAAAGUGAACUUUUAUCAUGGGGCUUUCAUAAAGCUGUUGGUGAAUAUAAUAUAUCAUUAUCACAACGAAUAUCGAAUGGAUCAUUGAGUAUUGAUGAUGAAAAUAAUCGAACUAAUAAAUUAAAUGCAACUUGUUUACCAAUGUCAUGUAAAUUAGUUAAUCAAACUGUUCUUCAAACAUCAUUAGAAAAUGUUCUUUCUUUACGUUUACGUGAAGGUUAUACAAUUAGACGUGUUCAAAUUCAAAAAGAUGAAAUUGAAGUUCAUCUUGUUUUACCGUGGCGCUAUGAGAUUCAAAUUUAUUAUACAGCUCGUUCUGUUUGGUCACUUGAAAAGAGUAUAAGAACGGAUAUACGAGUUUAUAAAGAAGCACCAAUGUAUUUUCUUCAAGAAUUAAGUCAAUUAUCUUAUAGUCAAACAUCAAAAGCUGCUAAUAUGGUGCGUAAUAAUCUUAUUCGACGAUAUAAUGAUGUUAUACAAACUGUCUCAGUAGCUGAUCGACAUUUAACAUUAAUUAAUACUUUUUCUCGAAAUCCAUCCUAUUAUCACGUACCUGACACGAUUAAACGUGGAAAACCUAUUUUUUAUUUGACACAAAAUGAUUUACAACAAACAUUAUUAAAUGUUAAAGAUACAGAUCUUCAAGCGUUUGCUGAUUUUUGGCGUCCAAUCGUUAUACUUGACGGAUCACUAUGGCAACGUUUUAUGUAUACACAUAAUUUAACAAUAAUCUUAGUAAAUGAUCCACUUUCAAAUUCAUUAUUUCUUAUGAAUAAUCAUUUAUCACAAUC